AACCCGUCACACAGCUGCCAAGCCAACGUCCAAGUUGCCAUGUGAUCCAUGAAGAUGCAGUACGAUUUGCGGCAGGAGGCGCUUGCAUUGUCGCGGGCAAGGCGGUCCAAGAUUGCGGCCGGCACAAGACCCGCAAUCCAGGCUGCGGCAGUGGCAGCGGCAGAAUUCGAGGAGCCUCAGGAGCCUUUGGCGCUGGACUUGCACGUGGAGACUGCGGCGCUGCAGCGCGCACAUCGUGCGCUACGGGCAUCCAACACGUUCGCUAGCCCCAAGUGGACGGAUGAGGAAGGCCUGGGCCUAUCCUGGCCAUGCCCUGUCUGUGGCACACUGCUGGAGAAAGGAGAGAAAGUUGUGUCACCUUCAGCUGGCGCUGAAUUGGAUGGACCAGCGCAGGCAGAGGAGGUGCUUGGGGCUCGAAUCGAAGUCCUGGAGGAGCUUUUGUCGAAGACGAGGCCUCAGGCUGCCGAGGCCGCGGCGUGCCAGCGACGCCUGCGGGCGGCGGAGGCGAAGACGGUGGACCUGGAGGCAGCUUUAGAUCUGGCCUCCAGGACCUGCGACGAGCUCUUCUCGACGCUGGAGCUGCAGACCGCGGAGUUCCAGGCCUUCGCGGCGCAGGUGCGCGCCGCCGCAGGACCCUGGCUGGAACAACAGAACCAGCUGGAGGUGCAGCUCGGCGCAGUGCUCAAGGCCAUCACCCUUCCAGGCGAGAAGCCCAACAAGCUGCGGGAGGAGCUGCAGACCGAGCGGCGCAGACUGCAGGUCUCGCGCCGCCGUUCCCGCCGUGAGAGCGCCCAGAAGCACGAGGCCACCAUUCGCGCGCUUCAAACGAAGCUGCUGGAGGCUGAAGCUCCUGAACGCACUGGUUUGGAGCAAGACCUGCGACAGCAGCUUGACAGGAGUUCCCUGAAGGCAUCAGAGCGUCUCGGCACAAACUGCCGGGCCAAGCAAGACAGGCUUGAAAGUGCUCUUGCGCAGCAGCAGGCAAAAGCAACGGAGGAGGCAACGGAGCUAAAGGCUCAAGUUGCGGCACUGGAAGAAGGUGCGGAAGCGAAGCAGAGGGAAGCGCAUGAGGCGAAGGUGUCCAGGGCAAAGCUUCGGAUCCAACGCACUGGGGAAGGCAAGGGACUGGUGGCUCGUUCCCUCGAGGUGUUGUCCACCGGCGUGGUGGUGUACAAGCUUUGCGCAGGGAAUGGCAAAUGGCAAGAGCGGUUUCUGGCUGUGACGCCAGCUCCGCCAGCUGCGCCUGAGAGUCUGAAGUGGUCCAAGGACGUGAGCCGGCGGCGGCUCAGCAGCCCUUCGGUGGUGCCUCUGAAGGAGGUGGUCCACGUGGGCUUCGGCUCCGAUGCCCUGCCAGAGAAGCAUCGCCAGGAAGUCUCCUGGUGCUGCUUUUCCGUUUGGACAGCCCAGCGGUCAUUCCACUUUAAGGCUGGCGACGAGCGCAUCGCGGAGAACUUUGUGCUGGGCCUCUCCAGGCUUUGCCCUGGCACAAAGCCGGCCAGCGUGCACAGUUUGAUCCUCCACCGCGCCUUGGGGAAGCUGGGCCCCGACGGGGCCGCCCGCGCCGCCGCCAUUUCUGCAGCCGUGCGCCGGGCCGCUGAGGUCAGAAAGGAGGAGUUGCAGGCAGCGGAGUCAGCGCAGGCAGCAAAAUCAGAGGAAGAGGAUGAGGACGAGGAGGGAGAGGAGUCGGAACACACGUCGGACGAGGAGAAGUCAGCCACAAGCGCUGAGCCAGAACGUAUCCCAAUCAAAAAUCGUGCGGCUUUGUGCAGCUAUUUCGAUGCGCUCGACAAUGUGCAGCAAAGAGAUGUGGUGUGUGCAAAGAUGUCAUGACACUGGC